UGAGACAAGAAUGAGACCCUCGGAAUCGCCUUCAACUACAAUGAGCACACAAUUAAAGGAAUUCCAAGAGCAUCUACUCAAAUCUAAAAAGAUAGUGGCACUUGUUGGUGCAGGACUUUCAGUGUCUUCAGGAUUACCGACAUUUCGAGGAUCCCAGGGACUAUGGAAGAACUUUAAUAUGAUUGAUUUAGCUACACCUGAUGCAUUCUAUAUUGAUCCUGGAUUAGUAUGGCAAUUCUAUUCAUGGAGAAGAUAUACUGCACUCAAAGCUAAGCCCAACAAGGGACAUUAUGCCCUUGCCAAAUUAUCACAAAUGGGGAAAAGUCCUCAAUCCGAUCUAACAUACAUUACCAUAACUCAGAAUGUCGACGGGCUACUGAGUAGAAGUGGUCAUUGCAAAGAAAACUUAUACGAAAUACAUGGGUCUUUAUUCGAUCUAAAAUGCACAAGUUUUAUGUGUAAUUUUGUUGAUCAUAACAACUUUAAACAACCAUUGACAAAAGCUUUAGCCGAUACCGAAGAAGAAUUUGAUCCAUCUCAUAAUCGAAAACGACUGCUUGACGAACAAGAAGUAUCAAUAUCUCCUCAAUUUAACCCAGUAAAGACCUUAUCUGAAAAAGAACUUCCUCAAUGUCCAGUAUGCAAAGAUGGAUCGUUAUUGAGACCUGGUGUUGUGUGGUUUGGUGAGUCACUUCCUUUGAGUUUGAUAACCAAAGUUGAUAAUUUUAUUGAGCUGGAAGGGAGUCCAGUCGAUCUAAUUCUUGUUAUUGGAACAAGUGGGACUGUAUAUCCCGCCAAUAGCUAUGUUGAUCGAGUGAAAUUGAAAGGGGGGAAGGUGGCGAUAUUUAAUACUGAUAUAGAGAAUGAUAUAGUCGUAGGGAAAGUCAAGGAUACUUGGGGAUUCAAAGGUGAUGCGGCAGAACUUCUUCCUUUGGCAUUGAAACCAUUGAUUGGUGAGAUAUAGUAUUGUUUAUAGAGGUUGUAAAUGCUUACAAAAGAGUGUUGCAAAAAAAAAAUAUAUAGAGUACACAUUUAUUAA